AUCCAGACAGUGGUCCAUCACGCCCCGCAGUAGAUGGCCCGUGACCCUAAAAAAUCUCCUAGGUUGGAAGAUCCCAGCCACAGGUAUUGGGCUUAUUUUCAGUGAAUCUGGAUCUGCCGUCGGCGAUCCAAAAAUUCAGAGGCUAGGAUUGUCUGAUAGAAGUUAGUUUUGGGCCACGAUGCAUCCACCCCGGGUCGCAUCCUACCAACGGUCUGGAUCACCGAAGCAUGGUCCCGCUUUUACAAUCCAGAAGGACCGGAGUAUUGCGUUGAACAUACUCGGCUCCAAGAUAUGCAUUCCCCCAAACCGGAGCUUUUCCAGACUUUUCAAGUUCUCACGAGAGAGAGAGAAUGGCGGCGACGCCCCUUCCCCCGCAAAAUCCGGCUGCCGGAAACCCAAGCUUCGAUGGGAAACCGGCGAUGCCGCCACCGCCGGGAACGGACAUGACCGGAAUCUGCUUCAAGGACCAGCUGUGGCUGCAAUCGUACCCUCUCGAUCGCAACCUCGUCUUCGAUUACUUCGCUCUCUCUCCAUUCUACGACUGGACAUGCAACAACGAGCAGCUCCGGAUGCGAUCCAUCCAUCCCCUUGACAUCUCUCAUCUCUCUAAAAUGACAGGGAAUGAAUACAUGCUGAGUGAAGUUAUGGAGCCCCACCUCUUUGUUAUCCGGAAGCAAAAGAGAGAUGGGCCUGAGAAAGUCACCCCCAUGCUCACUUACUACAUCUUGGAUGGUUCAAUUUACCAAGCACCGCAGCUUUGCAAUGUCUUUGCAGCUCGAAUUGCACGAGCCGUGUAUCAUAUGUCGAAGGCUUUCACAACUGCCGCCUCGAAGUUGGAGAAGAUUGGAUACGUUGAUACGGAAAAUGAAAGUGUGAGCUUUGAACCAAAGGUUGGAAAGGAGGCAAUUGACUUUAAGGAAGUCAAACGAGUUGACCAUAUUCUUGCAUCACUACAACGCAAGCUUCCACCAGCUCCACCACCACCACCUUUCCCAGAAGGCUAUGUUCCCCCAACAUCAGCAGACUCUGAGAAGGACCCAGAAGCCCAACAACAAUCUGAGUCACAGCUUCCUCCCCUUGAUCCUAUCAUUGACCAAGGUCCAUCCAAAAGGCUUAAAAUUUAAGAUGUAUAAACUUUCCAUUUUCUUUCUAUUUUUAUUGUUAAGUAAAUUACUAAAAUGCCCAUGUUGUAGAAAUACAAAGUUCUUUGGUAAGAUUUACCAGAAAAGUCCUCAAGAA